AUGCCACCCACACCGCCAUCGACGACCUCCUCCAGCGCGGGACACUCGCCACCAGAUCCUCAGUUCAGAGUUGUGCGCAAGAGAAAUCGUGUUCCUUUGUCCUGUGGCCCGUGUAGACACAGAAAGCUAAAAUGCAAUCGUGGCCAUCCAUGCGACAACUGCACGAAGCGGGGAGAUGCCUCGUCAUGUUCAUAUGCCAGCCCGGGCAAUCGCAAAAAGAGCUCGUCCAGCACAGCCUCGGCGACGAACCCGGAUGACAUGCAAAAUCGCAUCGACCGCCUUGAAGGACUCGUUCUCUCUCUCAUGACUAACGGUGCCCAGAGUGCUGGUCCAGCGGCUGCUCAUGCGGCCAUCAACAGCGCUUCUUCCGACCAGCACUUUGAUCUAAGCAAUAUGAGCAGUAGAAUGAGCAAUGGUGCUCCUGAAUCAAUCCCCGAAGAGGACGCGGAUGAAGAGAGCGAGAUGGAGCAUGUCACAAAGUCAAUCGGCGUGAUGAAAGUGAACAACAAUCAAACGUACUUUGCAUCGGAAGCGCAUUGGUUCGCCAUCUUGGGAGAGAUUUCAGAGGUCAAAAACUACUUUGCCGAGCACAAGAAGCAGUUUGAUGAUCAGCUGAAGCGAUACAAGACGACUCUAGGCGAGGAACACCCGCCCGGUACCGCAUUCUUCGGGGGCGGAAUCAAGCGUCUUUCCAAGGCCGAAAUCCUGUCUCAGUUUCCACCGAAACCUACCGCAGACAUUCUCGUUUCGCGAUUCUUCAAUACGUACGAUCCAGGCAUUCACAUUAUACACGGUCCGACAUUUCAGAAAGAAUAUGACAGACAUUGGAUGAACCCUGAGGAAACGCCUGUCAUCUGGAUUGGCUUGGUUUUCGCCAUGAUGUGCAUAGCGUUGCAGUCAUACACAAGAGCUGGAGAUGAACCGCCAGAAUACAACAACAGGUCAUGGGCUAUGUCAAAUGAGUUCCGAGAACUGACGGCGCAGUGCCUGGUAUUGGCAGAUAUCACGCAGCUUACCGCGGGCAUGCUAGAGACGCUAGUUCUUCAUGUUCAUGCGGAAUACGCUCGAAGCAGAGAUGCAGAAUUAGGCAUUCUGAUCAGUAUAGGCAUCAUCGUACGAUUGGCGAUGCGAAUGGGACUGCACCGAGAUCCCGGACCUUACAAGAGUUUAUCUAUGUUCCAAGGUGAGAUGCGACGGCGAGUAUGGGCUGUCAUUCGGUCGAUGGAUCUUCUCUUCUCGGCGCAGGCCGGCUUACCUCCAAUUGUGCGCCCGCGCGACACGAACACCGAAAUCCCCCGUAAUGUCUAUGACGAUGAGCUUUUCGAGGACAUGAAGACUCUACCUCCGUCGAGACCAGAGAACGAAGCAACGCCGACCCUAUUUCUCAUCAACCGGACACGACUCAUAUACAAGUUGGGAGAAGCUAUAGAUUUGAUCGAUACUCUGACCUGCUCCUCUUACGAAGAAGUCAUGAAGAUUGAUGCGGAGGCACGAGAGCUUCACAACAGUAUCUCACCACACCUAAAAAUGCGUUCAAUGGAUGAGUCUGCGCGAGAUCCGUCGACACUGAUAAUGCAGCGUUUCACAUUGGACCUUCUGUUCCUCAAGAUUAUCUGUGUGCUUCACCGAAAGUUCAUCGCCUUUUCACGAACUCAAUCGAGGUUCAGCUACUCAAAAACGGCGGUAAUUGAUGCUUCGAUGACCAUGCUACAACAUCAGGCUACGUUACAUCGCGAAUGCCAACCUGGUGGUAGGUUACGCAACGUGAAGUGGUUUAUAUCCUCACUCACCACGCACGACUUCCUGAUUGCCGCCAUGAUUAUAGCAUCACACCUUUUCCAUACAAUGAAAAUGGAUCGACAAAGCCGGUCUCCGCCGGCAGACGUAUACACGUGGAGUUCGGACCAAUUGGACGAGAUGCUUGCCGCAGAAGAGACGGCUGUCAACAUCUGGGGAAGUCUCAAGGAUCACUCAAUGGAGGCAUACAAGGCGCAUAUGACGCUAAGUGUCAUGGUGAACGAGCUGAAGACUGACCGAAUGACGAGGCAGACUCAACCGGCUUUCCCGUCAGCGCCUUCGUUGUUUCCUGUACCAGCACCAAUGGAUGAUUCAAACGUGGCUCCGGAACACUCAGCGGCAAUGACAUUGGGUAUGCUUAGCACAGGUGGUAUGGCGUCCAGUUCGGCCAACAUGUUCGAACAGCGAUAUCCCGCGUCGAUGGCGAACCUGCUGAAUGAUCCCGGACCACAGCAUCCGACGGGCUUCGCACCACAAUACAACGGAGGGGCGACAAACGGAGCAGGGGCACUAGAGAACACUCAAAGUCCGUUCUCCAACCUCUUUGGAGCGACUCUCUUCCAAAACCUAGAUCUCCCUCCAACUGACAACGUCAACUGGGAUGCAUGGGAUAGUUACAUUCAAGGGCCUAACAUGGACGUGACAAAUAGCUUCAUCCCCAUGGACCUCACUGGGAUACCAGUACAACCCGAUUCGAAUGCAGUACACGAAAACUCAACGUCACCUAAUCAGCAACAUGGCCAAAGAACGAACGCGUUUGGGCAAAAUGUUUUCAUGGGUGUGAGUAAUCCUCAAAGUGUUACAUACAAUCAACACUUCGCAGACUGA